AUGGUCGUUCGCAUCCGUCUCGCGCGUUUUGGCAACAAGCACCAGCCUUUCUACAAUAUCGUCGUCGCCCAAGCACGAUCAGCUCGCAACUCGAAGCCGAUCGAAGUCAUCGGAACGCUGAACCCUAUCCCGCAACGACCUACGAACUUGUCAGAUGAGGAGGCACGCAACGCAAGGCCAUACAAGGAAAUCUCGCUUGAUCGGUCCAGGGCAAAGUACUGGCUUGGUGUUGGCGCACAACCGAGUGAUACUGUUUGGCGGUUACUGAGCUUGGCUGGCCUGGUCAAACCGAAGUACGAGCCUUCGAAGACACAGUAA